UCCCGGAGAACGGACCGAACGAACAACCAGAGAGGAUUUUGAUUUAUCUUCUGAUUGCUUCGGAUUGUUUCGUCUUUCAUCUUAUUGACAGCCCUCCCAGUGUUAGUUGUCCCAGCUGUGAGCCUGUACAGUAGUUUUCUUGUGUCCAGAUCGUGAGGGGCAGACCCGCGCCCACAACACCCUGCUGUCUGAAUCACGAUCUCAUCCGCACCGGAGAGCUUUGGACCAUCCGUCACUCCCAACUCCCACUCCACGGCUAUGACCCACAGCGAGUGACGUCUCUCCACUUCACGCACACACACACACACACACACCCUUACUUUCCAAUCGACCCAACGCCUCCGGUUCCACCAUGGGUUCCCGCAGCCAGGGUUUCUUCCACCACAACCACCACCACCACCGCUCCAUGGUGCCCGCGGCCGUGCCCCGACUGCUGGCCGAGACCACCAGCCUGCUGGGGGGCAUCGCGCAGAUCACCCCCAACCUGUUCCUCAGCCGGGGCAACGUGGCGUCCAACCGCAGCCUGCUGCUGUCCAAGGGCAUCACGUGCGUGGUCAACGCCACCAUCGAGCUGCCCAACUUCAACUGGCCCCACGUGGAGUACGUCAAGGUGCCCCUGGCCGACAUGCCCCACUCGCCGCUCUCGCUGUACUUCGACAGCAUCGCCGACAAGAUCCACAGCGUGGGGCGCAAGCGCGGGGCCGUGCUGGUGCACUGCGCGGCCGGAGUGAGCCGCUCGGCGUCGCUGUGCCUGGCCUACCUCAUGAAGUACCACCGCGUGUCCCUGGCCGAGGCCCACGCCUGGGUGAAGGCCCGGCGGCCCGUCAUCAGGCCCAACGGGGGCUUCUGGCGCCAGCUCAUCGAGUACGAGAGGAAGCUGUUCGGCAGGAACUCGGUGAAGAUGGUGCAGACGCCCUACGGGGUCAUACCCGACGUCUACGAGAGGGACCGCAGGACCCUGGCGCCGUACUGGGGCCUGUGA